UAUUCUAUUCGCGGCGAGUGCCUGUGAAACAUGUUGCCAUAAAUUUGCCUUUUACAUCGAGGUUUCAUCAAUAUCGAUAUUUCGCAUUUAUACAAAGCCACCAGAAAAACGACGACGACGAAUAUUAUUCUCUCCCAACGCAAACAAAUCAGAUCAACAUUCAAGAACAGAAAAAAAAACAAAUAAAAAUUUAAUUUUCGAUUUCAAAUAUUUUCGCUCAAAUUGAUUUCAAUAUUGAACAAAUAAUAAACAAAAUGGCGUUGAAUCCAAAUUAUGAACAAAUUGGUAAAACAUUUGUUCAACAAUAUUAUGCCAUUAUGGAUGAUAAUAAUCAACGUUUAAAUGUGGCCAAUUUUUAUUCGGAAACAAAUUCAUUAAUGACAUUUGAAGGUAGUCAACUGAUGGGUCGUGCAAAGAUAUUGGAAAAAUUUCAAAGUCUCACAUUUCAAAAGAUACAACAUUUAAUAACCGUUAUUGAUUCACAGCCAACAUUUGAUGGUGGUGUUUUGGUCACCGUAUUGGGACAGCUUAAAACUGACGAUGAUCCACCGCAUACAUUUAAUCAGACUUUUGUAUUGAAACCGAUGGGUGAUACAUUUUUUGUCGAACAUGAUAUAUUUCGUUUAGCACUUCAUGCUUAACAAAAACAACAUAAACCUAAUACGAACACCACAUUCACACCACAAACUUUUUUUCUCAUUCAUCAUUAACCUACUCGCCCCAUCAUCAUCAUCAUUAUUGUUUUCAAUAAUUUGAUUCGAUUUCAUCGAUCAUUCAUGGCAUUAGAGAGCUACAACAACACAACUUCCACACACACACACACUUACACACGUCUAAAAUUGAUUGAUUUUUAAAUUUUUGAUAAAAAAAAAUGAAACCAU